GCCAAACUGCACAUAAAGCAAAAUGCGUGGACAUUGCCUUAAGUUCUUGUAAUGAUGUUGCCUAUGCUCAAAUGGCGUAUCCUAAUUUUCUGGAUCAGAAAUCUCGAGAGGUGAUUGAGUACAGCUCCGAGUACCUCCUCAUCAGUGUGCUGCACAACUUGCUCCAGGGAGAAUGCAAUCCAGACCUAAGGAUUCUGGCCUGCUCGGUGCUGGCCCCACAGUGCAGAAAGGACAAAGUUAUAAAGCCCUGCAGGCAUGUCUGUGAAAACCUCAAAAAAAGUUGCCUCUUUGCCUUUGAUGCAAUAGACAUGGCUUGGCCCUACUUCUUAGACUGCGACCGCUUUUUCGCUGGGGAAGAAGAAGGAUGUUUUGACCCACUGGCAAAGCUGAGAGGAGAAGUAGAUGUUGAGGAAGAUUCACCUUCAGACUUGCCAGCAACUUUUAUUCAGUUCAAACACCAUUCCUAUUCCCAAAUGGUGAGCACGUUGAAGAAGACUGCUGCCAAGUGCUCCCAUAUUGCAACAACUUACAGCAUAGGUCGCAGUUUUGAAGGGAAGGAUCUUUUUGUGAUUGAGUUUUCAACCAAGCCUGGACACCAUGAACUGCUCAAGCCAGAAUUUAAGUACAUUGGCAAUAUGCACGGUAAUGAAGUUGUGGGGAAGGAGCUGCUGAUAUACCUCGCACAGUAUUUGUGUUCGGAGUAUCUUCUCGGGAACCCUCGUGUCCAGACCUUGAUUAACAAUACCAGAAUUCAUCUCUUGCCUUCACUCAACCCUGAUGGGUAUGAACUAGCUGCAGAAGAGGGAGCUGGUUACAAUGGUUGGGUUAUCGGACGACAGACAGCUCAGAACUUGGACCUGAACAGGAAUUUCCCAGAUUUGACAUCUGAGGCUUACAGAAGAGCUGGGAUUCGUGGGGCCCGUCUGGACCACAUCCCCAUUCCACAGUCCUACUGGUGGGGUAAGGUGGCCCCUGAGACAAAAGCAGUCAUGAAGUGGUUGAGGUCUAUCCCAUUUGUGCUCUCUGCCAGCCUCCAUGGGGGUGAGCUGGUUGUAACAUAUCCUUAUGACUAUUCAAGGCAUCCUAUGGAAGAAAAAAUGUUCUCCCCUACACCUGAUGAGAAGGUGUUUAAGAUGCUGGCUAAAGCCUAUGCAGAUGCACAUCCAGUCAUCUCGGAUCAAUCUGAGCUUCGUUGUGGUGGAAAUUUUGUCAAACGCGGAGGUAUUAUAAAUGGUGCUGAGUGGUACAGCUUCACUGGAGGUAUGGCAGAUUUCAAUUACCUUCACACAAAUUGCUUUGAAGUUACCGUGGAGGUAGGAUGUGAAAAGUUUCCUUUGGAGGAAGAACUGUUUACAAUCUGGCAUGAAAACAAAGGUGCCCUUCUGAAUUACAUGGAAAUGGUUCAUCGGGGGAUAAAAGGAAUUGUAUCCGAUAAGUUUGGCAACCCGAUAAAAAAUGCUCGUAUUUCAGUCAGAGGCAUUCAGCAUGAUGUCACCACAGCUGCUGACGGAGACUACUGGCGACUCCUACCAUCAGGGACACACAUAGUCAGUGCCCAAGCACCAGGAUACAGUCGGGUGGUGAAGAGGGUUACCAUUCCUGCCAAGAUGAAACACGCUGGGAGAGUUGACUUCGUGCUGCGACCUGUUGAGGCUUGGCCCAACAAGCUCCUCCGCCGCUCGAUGGAAGAUGUGUAUGACCCAUAUGACCCAUUGGAACUUUUUGACCCUCAUGCCCAACAUGGACAGCCUGAAGCUCGAGGUGGAUCAUCACCAGGCAGGGAGAAGCCCUGGUGGUGGUCUUACUUCAGCUCUCUAGACCUGAACAAACCUUUGUGGCUGCUCAAGCAGCGCUGA